CAUAAUUGUAUUUUUUUUUUGUUAAUCAGAUUGCUAUCUUAUAUAAUAAAAUAAACUCUAUGAAGUAUUUCAACUUUUAUAUAUAAAAACAAAUACUCAAUCAAAACAUCGGGCUGAAUCAAAUUAAUAUAUUGAGAGUUACACAGCGCUGUAUGAAUCAAAUCAUAAAUGAGAAGAUCAUGCAUACACCAAUAAGGAGAAUAUAUGAGGGAGUGAUUAUUGUGAUUGAGUAAAUCAUAUGAGUUAUGAUUGAUACUCUUGCCUUUGAUAAUACGUUACAUGACAAAAAUGAGGUGCAUCCGAUUCAUACAUGGUAAGAAAUAGUCUUUUUUUUUUUUUUUUGACAGCGGUAAGAAAUAGUCAAAGUUACCGUAUUCGAAGUCAUUUAGCAAAAUUUGACUCAUUUAACAAAUUUGACUCAUUUAUUGGAGAUAAUGACGACUCAUAUAUCAAAAUAUGACUAUAUUAGGAGGUUCAAAACACUAGAACUACUUCAAAAAAACACACCCAAGUAAAAAACGAUUCACAAGAGAUCUUACCCAUAUCACAGAAUUUUUUUUAAAAACACAAUAAUGAAUAGUCGGAGAUCUCCAUACGCUAUCAUUGCGGUUUCUAUCAUUGUUAUGUUAUUUACCACAGGAUCAGAAGCAAGAGCAGAGAUAUAUGAUCCAAAGUGCCCGGGUGUAUGUUCACCUGUAGCUGUACCAGACUGCAAAACACUCUGCGCUAACUUAGGGUUUCCUGGAAGCUACUGUAAAGGAUUAACGUGUUGCUGUAAACCAAAAUCCUCUAAACCCCCUCUUUCAUAAUUGUACCUUUUUUUUUUGGUUUAUCACGAUUGCUAUUUUUCUUUUUGUAUUAACACUAUCAUGAUUGAUAUUCUUAUUCAAUAAAAUAAACUAUUAAAUAUUUUAACUUUUAUGUCAAAAUACAAAUAUUCGAUUGAGAGUUUCGGCUCAAAUAGGACAAUGGCUAUUUUCCAAUUUGUUUUCAUUUAAUUUCACAUAUAAAUUGCUUUUAAUAAAAAUAUCAUUAUAUAAAAUAAUUCGAAUUUCAAAAAUAUCAUUAAAUAAAAGAAUUCGAAUUUCAAAAACAAAAUACAGAAUUGACUAAUAAAUAUUGAUAUUCUUAUAUAUAUUAAUUAUUUUAAAAUUUAAUAUAAAAAUAUUUAAAAUACUCAAAAAUAUACGGAAUUGUCUAAUUUUUUGAAAAAUAGUUAAAAGUAAAUAUCUGAAAAUAUCCAAAAAUACUCAAAACACUAGAAUACCUCAAAUACCUACUGAUUUUCCACCUAAAUAUGUAAACUGAACCAAUUUUAUGUUUUAUUUUAGUUAUUUAGUAUACAUUAUUCAAAUUUAUAUGUUAAAUAUUAUUAUUUUUGAACUUAAUGUAUAAUAAAAAAAUUAAUUUGUUAGAUAAUUUAAAUAGAUAUCCGAAUCCAAACUGAAAUUUAUAAAUAUCCGACCGAAACUUAAAUCUUUAUUCCCAAAAAUCGAAAACUGAAUAUACGUGUACCGAAACCCAAACGGAUAUCGGUGCCCACCCUUAGUCGGAACAAUGCAACAUUUUAUUUUUUCCUUCAAAAUAUAAAAUACUAUGUUAUUUUUCCGUGCUCAUGCACAUGUAUUAAUAUUUACAAAGUAAUUAAAUCAUAGUAAUUGAUUUAUGUCAUAUUUCAAUUUAAAUGAUUUUGUAGUUUAUAUAUAUAUAUAUGAUUAUAUUAACUAAUAUUAUCUUGUUUUUUAAAUCAGAUAUGUUAUUUUUUGUAUUGAUAUUUGGUUGGUUCAGUUAUCAUUUGAUUAUAUUAGGUUAUAUAUGGAAGUUUCAGUUAAGAAAAUUUUCUAAAAAUAUUUGUGAUAUUCUAACUUUUCUAAAACGUGUAUGCACCUUUUUUAUUAAUUUGUUUUUAAAAAACGUUUUUUUUCCUUUUUAUUAAACGUUUUUAAUAAUUCUUUUUUUUAAUUUUAACGUUUUCACAGCGUAUGUAAAAAAUUAAAAAUAAAACUUUGAAAAACGUUUUUAAUAAAAAUAAAACUUUUAAAACGUUUUUAAUAAAAAUAAAAUUUUAAAUUUUUUAUAGAAAUAAAAGAAAACUUUAUAAAAAUGCUAUAAGGACACAAUUAGCAUAAAUAACAUUUUGUUAAUUAGAUAUAAAUUUUAUUUAUAACUAAUUGGUUAUAAAUAACAUUUUGCUCUAAGUACAAAAUUUUAUUUUAUUAUUUAGAUAAAAAUAAAAUAUACAUUUUGUAACACUUACACACAAAUAAACAAUAAAAAAUUAAGGGAAAAUAAUAGCUUAAUUCACACUGUCACGAUUCUCUUUGUGAAGCAAAGAAAUAAGCGGCGACGCUUAACGCGGCAGGAAUGAAAGCGACACCUUUGAAAGUAUCGAACUCAUCAUCGCCUUCGCCCGUGAAGUUCGUGAAGUUAAAGAAGACCACAACAAGCAACGACACGAUCGGCCACGUAACGACGCUGAUCACAUUCGACAACACGCUCGAGGCAGAGAACUGGAGAAGACGAGUCCCACGAUCCCGACCCAGUAUAACUGCCACGAAACGGCUUGGCCCACUAUAAUGAUCACGUAUGCACCUUUCCCUUUAGGGAAACCAGUCAUCUCUCUCUCCAAACCAUGUUGCUCGCCGGUGAUGAGAAGAGUCAGAAGACCCACCGUGGUUUGAAAGUUAAUGAAAGUUUGUGUUAAAAAAAAAAAGAGUGAAAUGCUAUUUUCAUAUUCUUAUAAUUAUGUAAAAGAGUCAGUGAAUAAAAAAAAAUAAUAAUAAUUAUGUAAAGGAGCCAAAAACAUUUCAGCUCUGAACUCGUUUAACCGAGGACCAACUCUGCUUUCUUCUACAAUAAUAUGAUCGAGAAAAACCAAGUUAUUUAUUCACACAUAUAUAUAUAUAUAUAUAUAUAUAUAUAUACAAAAUAUAUUAGUUAACAUGUCAAUCUAAUUGGUCUAAUGGUUACAGAUUUGCACAUUCGUCAAUCGAACUAAAGUACAAGUCACUAAAAUACUAGUUUUAUAAGUAUUUACUAUAUUUUAAUAUAGAAUACAAUAUAUGUAUAUAUAUAUGCAUAUAUAAUAUAAUAGAGUAAAUAAAAGUUUAUGUGGUCUGGUGGUGAUAAUGUUUUCACCCUUCAUGUCUAACCCGGUUUUGAAGUGAGAUUGAUGACAUUUUACCUUAUAUUAUAAAGGUGAUACUUGUUUUUUUGGAUAUUAGGGUACCUGUUCGGUUCUCGGUUCGGUUCCGGUUCUAGUUCGGUUAUUCGGAUAUAGAAAUAUAGGAACUAUUCGGAUAUUUUAGGAUUUUGGUGCAGUUUCGGUCUCAAAUAAUUCGGUUCAGUUCCGGUUUUUUUACCCAGGACUAGCUCGAUGUUUACAGUGCCAUGUUUGGACAGGGUACACUUAUGCGCCGAUUGAAGAAAACAUAUUCCCUCGCCUUAUAGUCAUUGUAUGUACAAGACUCUUUAUGUUUACAAAAAAAAAAAAACUCUUCAUGUACAUGCAUCAGCUGUACAAAAGAGCUUUAAGUUUUAGUUCGAUAGGACUAUUAUAAUUUUACUAAUUUUCCUUUUCUCCUUAUAUAUGAGAUAUACAUUUUAGAUAACGUGAAAAUGUCAUUGGAUGAAUAUUCUAUUUUAUAAGAUCUGACUAAGAUGAGAUCAUAUGUUAAAAUAUUAAAAGGUUCAUAGUAUAUUAGGUCUACAGAUUUAUAGUACGAAAGUCAAAGGUCUUGUAUAGUAAUUCAUUUGUUUGCAAAAAAAAUAAUUAUAUACUAAUUUAUUUUUCUACUAAAAUGUAUAGGUUUGAAUCUGACAUGUAAUAAAUAAAUAUGACUAAUAUUUCACAAGUGGACCUAUAUAAGGAGCUUCAAAUAUCUUGAAAUACUCCAGAAGAUCCAAUAAAAAAACAUUCUCAAGAUUUUACAGAUACCAUAGAAAUAAUUUAUCGAGGAAAACAAAACAUGGGUGUUUGGAGAUCUCCAUAUGCUUUCAUUGCAGUUUCUGUCAUAGUAAUGUUCCUUAUCAUAGGGUCAGAAGCAACGUCAGGGUUAAAUGAUGAAUGUCCAGGGGUAUGUCAUUCCGAUAUUGUACCAAACUGCGAUACACUCUGCAUUAGCUUAGGGUUUACUGGAGGCUUCUGUAAAGGAUUAACGUGUUGCUGCAAUCCCAAAUCCCCUAAAACCCUAAAUAUACUUCCUCCUUAAUUUUAUUGUUUGUUAAUCUUAAUUAUGAAAUAAAAACUAAUAAAGCUCAAAAGUUUGACUAAGACUAAUCUACUUUCCAUUUUAUUUCUUCGUUGCAUUCACAUAAUGAAAUUGAUAUAUAAAUAAUUCAUAUUGAACCAAAGAGUCAUUUCUACAUAUAUAGUACAUUCUAGUUGGUUCCGUUUAUACUUUUUGAUUUUGGAACAGAGUUAAUCACAACAUCACAUAGAUACCCACAAUCUUUCGAAGAAGAAAAUUUGUUACCUUCGAAAUUUAAUUACUCAUCUAUUUUACAUUUGGUCAAGCAUUAGAAAAGAGUAUAGCAUUUAAUGAAAUUGAUUUAAAAAUUUCAUAAAAAAAAUUAUUUCAUACUUUUCAUAUUAGAUUGUAUCUAUUCUUCUAAAUUGAAAUGUAACUAUAUUUUAUUCUAAAAUGAUUUUAUUUCAUAAGGUGUAUUUGUUUGUUUUAUUAUCUUGUAUAAUAUAUUUUGUAAAAUUAUAUAAUUCAAUAUAUGUUAUUUGAAAACAAAUAGGAAAUUUUUUUAUUUGGGUUGCAUAAGUGAACAUAACCAAUAAUUUUUUGAAAGCUCAUGCACACAUAUCAACAUUUACAAGAAAAUCAUACAAGUUAUUAAUAUUUCGUUUUCAACUGUUCAUGAGUUUAAAAUCAUUUGUAAUUUACAUUAAUAAAAUAAUUGAAGAUUAUUCUAAAUAAUAAUAUAUCUUAAUUAUAUCUCUAAUUUUAACUUAUAAGUAUAAAAUAAUUGAACAUUAUUCUAAAUUAUAAUAUGUUUUAUCUUAAUUAGAUCUCUAAUUUGUUUUCAAGAAUUUGCAUUGUUUGUGUAUAUUGGUUUGCAUAUAUUUAUAUCAAAAAGAACCACGCUUUUUUUAAAAAAAAAAUUAGGCUAAAUAUAUGCAUAUUGCUUUUUAUUUAUUAAUGAAAAUCCUUUAUCAAAAAAGAUUUCUUCUUAUUUUGUUUUGUUUGGUUUUUAUCUUCUUAUAUAAAAAAUAUUUUUAUAAUUUUGUAUGAUUAAUAUAUAUUAUUUUGAAAGAUAAUGGAAAAACUAAAAUUGUGUUCAAUAAAUUGUGUUCAAUAUGAAUUUUCAUAAGAAAACCUUAUUAUUAAUAUUUUAAAAUUUCACAUGAUAGAAAUAUUUUUAAAGUAACUAAAUCGUAAUAUUUUGUUAUUUUGGUUUCAUUUGCUUAUAGAUGCUAAGCAAUUUUGUAAUUUAUAUUCAUUAAAAAAAUAUUUUGAAUAAUAUUAAAUAUAAGGAUUUGGAUUGAUUAAGUUCUUAUAUUUCAGGUAUAUUUGAUUGCAUUAAUUUUUGAAUUGACUCAUAAUUGGUUUCUGCCAGUACAACAUUUUUGUAUAUUUUCAGUCUCACAUUUUGGAUAAUAUAUUUGGUUUUAAAUUAAUCAUAAUAUAUAAAUAUUGUAAAAUAUAAUUUAGAUAAUAUGUUUAUUAAAAUAGUCUUAUAUUUAUUUCCUUUCCUAAAAAGUUGAUCAAAAAUAUAUUUAUAGUAAAAAAUAAAAAGUAAACACCUAAAUUAUUUUGUUUUGUGAUUGUUGAACUGUAGCUAUAUAUAUAUAUAUAUCAAUUUAUUUAUAACAUAUCACUGAUAUUAGGUCAUAUAUUCAAAUAUAAAUAAAUAACGGUCUUACUAUAUUAGGUAUAAAGAUUUGGAAAUUUAUAAGUCAAAUUUAUUCAAUACUAAUUCAUUUGCUUGCCUAAAAAAGGUCAAAUACUAAUUCAUUUUUCCACCAAAAGUUAUAGGUUUGAAUCUGACCUGUAAUAAAUAAAUUUGACUAAGAUUUCAUAAGUGAUCCUAUAUAAGGAGCUUCAAAUAUCUAGGAUACUCCAGAGAUCCAAA